GCCACUUUGAGUGUCCACCAUACAACCAGCAAACCAUUAGAAGUGCUUACCAUGUGAGGAAUAUUGAAGUCUUCAAACUCAAACAGCUGAAGCGCCCAAUGGAUAUAUUCAUGUCCCACGACUGGCCCAGGAGCAUAUACCACUAUGGGAACAAGAAACAGCUGCUCAAAAUGAAGUCCUUCUUCCGCCAAGAAGUGGAGAGCAACACUCUGGGCAGCCCUGCUGCUUCAGAGCUCCUGCAGCACCUCAAACCCACCUACUGGUUCUCAGCACACCUCCACGUGAAGUUUGCAGCUUUCAUGCAACAUGAGACAAACUCCAAAGAAGAGCUACCAAAAGCAACCAAGUUCCUGGCCCUGGAUAAAUGCCUGCCACACAGAGACUUCCUGCAGAUAAUAGAUGUGGAGCAUGAUCCUAGUGCAGGUGACUCGCUGGAGUAUGAUGCUGAGUGGAUUGCAGUGCUCAAGGCCACCAACAGCCUCAUCAAUGUGACUCAGAGCUCCUGGAACAUGCCUGAGAAGAAUGGCCUCCAUGCAAAGUGGGAUUACAGUGUGACAGAAGAGGCCAUCAAAGAGGUGUUGGAAGAGCUGAAUCAUGACCUCAAAAUUCCUUCCAACUUCACAUUGACAGCUGCUUGUUACGAUCCCAGCAAGCCCCAGAAAAACAUGGAGCCCGUUCACACCAUCAACCCACAGACCACAGAGUUCUGUGCCCAGUUUGGCCUCACUGACAUCAAUGACAGGAUCCAGCAGGCUAAAGAAGAGGCUUCAGCACGAGGCGAAUAUGACGGGGAGGAGGAAGAGGAGAUGGACAGUACUGGGUCAGCAGAGGAACCCAGUGAAUAUAACACAGAUAAUUCUGGCCUUUCAUCCAUCAAUCCAGACGAAAUAAUGCUGGAUGAAGAAGGUGGUGAUGAAGACUUGAGUACAUGCUCUGUAGAUCCUUCCCCUGAUCACCCUCCUGACUUCUCUGCCAGUUUCUCUGACAUCCGGAUCAUGCCAGAUUCCAUGGCAGUGUCGUCCGACGAUGCCACGGACUCCAACAACGAGGAGCUGGAGAAGUGUGGGGUGAGCAAGCUGGUGGAGGAGAAGAGCCCAGCGGAGAGACCGCUGAAGCGCGUUGGUGGCGACGAGAACGGGAACAGUGGCAUCAAAAAAAUCAAGAGAAGGAAUCAAGCCAUCUAUGCUGCAGAGGAUGAAGACAAAACAGAGUAG